UCCUGGUAGAUGAUCAACUGUGACUAUCACAAGGUUCUCCUUGGCAAAGUCAAGUGUUGACGGAGGCACCAGCUUCUCCCUCAUUUUUUUUCAUCUGAGUGUGUUCACAAGAACAUUCAAAACUGUUUCUCCAAAGAGUUCUGCAGAAACUCAGACUGUUUUCUAAAGCAGAAGCACCAGAGUCCACAUCGGAAGCGAUGGGCAGCGUGCGAACCAACCGCUAUAGCAUCGUUUCCUCGGAAGAGGAUGGUAUGAAGCUGGCAACUAUGGCAGUGGCCAACGGUUUUGGGAAUGGGAAGAGCAAAGUACACACCAGGCAACAAUGCAGGAGCCGGUUUGUCAAGAAGGAUGGCCAUUGCAACGUCCAGUUCAUUAAUGUGGGUGAAAAAGGUCAGCGGUACCUAGCAGACAUCUUUACCACCUGCGUCGACAUCCGCUGGAGAUGGAUGUUGCUUAUCUUCUGUCUGGCUUUCAUCCUCUCCUGGCUCUUCUUUGGUUGUGUAUUUUGGUUGAUUGCCUUAUUGCAUGGGGACCUAGAGGAAACGGACAAACCUUGUGUGUCUGAGGUGCGCAGCUUUACCGCAGCCUUUCUGUUCUCCAUUGAAACACAGACCACUAUCGGCUAUGGCUUCAGGUGUGUCACAGAUGAGUGCCCUAUUGCAGUCUUCAUGGUGGUUUUCCAAUCAAUAGUUGGCUGCAUCAUUGAUGCCUUCAUCAUUGGCGCUGUCAUGGCUAAGAUGGCGAAACCCAAAAAGAGAAACGAAACUCUCAUCUUCAGUCACAAUGCUGUGGUAGCCAUGAGAGACGGAAAACUUUGCUUGAUGUGGAGGGUUGGCAAUCUGCGCAAAAGCCACUUGGUGGAGGCACACGUGAGAGCUCAGCUCCUCAAAUCCCGGAUCACCACUGAAGGAGAAUAUAUCCCUCUGGAUCAAAUAGACAUCAAUGUUGGGUUUGACAGUGGGAUAGACCGUAUAUUUUUGGUCUCGCCCAUUACAAUUGUCCACGAAAUAGAUGAAGAGAGCCCUUUAUAUGACUUAAGCAAGCAAGAUAUGGACAAUGCAGACUUUGAAAUUGUAGUGAUACUGGAGGGCAUGGUGGAAGCCACCGCUAUGACCACUCAGUGCCGUAGCUCAUAUCUAGCAAAUGAAAUCCUGUGGGGCCAUCGCUAUGAGCCAGUCCUAUUUGAAGAAAAGAGCUACUACAAAGUGGAUUACUCCAGGUUCCACAAAACAUACGAAGUGCCGAACACACCCCUUUGCAGUGCCAGAGACUUAGCUGAGAAAAAAUAUAUCCUCUCGAAUGCAAAUUCAUUUUGCUAUGAGAAUGAAGUUGCCCUUGCGGGCAAAGAGGAAGAGGAUAGUGACAAUGGGGUGCCUGAGAGCACGAGUACAGAUACUCAUCCAGAAAUGGACCAUCUUAGCCAAGCAGGGGUGCCCCUAGAACCAAGACCUUUGAGGCGAGAGUCUGAAAUAUGACUGGGGGUAGGGAGAAUACGUUCUGCAAUGUUUAAAAUGUAUUUCACCAUAACGGGCAUGCUGCAUUGAGAAGUGGCUGCAAACAGGUUUUCAGCUGAUGGUACUGUUGGACACGGAUGGGCAAGCAGCCCUAAGGAGUCAAAACCCUGAGCUGGUUUUCAAGUGCUGUCUUCAGAGUAGGUACAGCAAGGCAUGAACUUGGAACCUGAAGCACUAUGUCUAUUAAUUGCUAAAAGGCACAUAUGUUGUAGAAUAAAUUAUGUAUAUAUUUUUUUACAAAACUUGAACUUGCAGGCAAGCUUUGGUCGAGCUCUAUUGUUUGUUAUCCAUGGUUUUUCUUCCCCCAAUGCUUCUCCCUUGGGAACAAGAAUAUUUUUAAUGGCAUAACCAAGGCAAGAGUCUGCCUUGGGUUUUUCUUUUUCCUUUUAAAAAUUGCUGCUAACUACUUGAACACAAACUGUAAUUAUUUUUGUCACAGUUUAAUACUUGUUUCCUUUUAUAUAUAUGUGUGUGUGUAUCAAACAGAGAAAAAAGAGGAGAACCCCCCCCAGUCCUGAAUUUGUUUAUUUGAAAGCUCUGUCCAUCAAUCAAGCGACUGGUGAACUAGGAAAUCUGUCGGUUGAGGCCAGUAGUUCAGUACCUAGAAUCAAUUUCUCUCCCCGACUAUCCAGUUACAGGAAAAUUCUUAUGUAACACAAGGUCAUGCAGUAGCCUAUAGCAAGCUAUUUUUUUUUAAAUAGUGCUUGGAAAUGGCAUGAGAUUCAUUUCACCCAAUAUAUGUUUUGAUUUCCAAACUACCUUAGUGAAUACCAAAGAAAAAAAAUGCACACUUUUGCACAGUGGAUUUUUUAUUUAAAUAGAACAGGCUGCUUUCAGACUAUUUUUCCUCCCUUUCAGGUCCUUCACGUGUGUAUUUUUUUUAACUGCACCUUAUUCCAAAAGUCAAGUUUAGAGUACAAUUAACAGUCCCUUUUUUUUUUUUUUUUGCUCCAUUGCCCUGGUUUAGGGAAAUAACACCACCAAGAGUUGCUUGAUUGUGACAGGUAACAAAUCUAGAUAUAGGUAGAUAGAUGAGCUUCUGAUUUUUUUUAAAGGAAAAGAAAAAA